AUGGAAGUGGAGAUGAUUGGAGAAAUUCUAAAGAGUCAAACCUUAACAGGUGAAGAUGCAACCAAAGAAGCGGUACUUCAGAGAAUCGCGUCAGUUGCUUUGGUUCACAUCGCAGCCCACGGAAGGAAGGAAACUGGAGAAAUUGGUUUGGCUCCAGACCCCCGAUGGGGAUCCAAGACUCCUACGGAGGAGGACUAUAUUUUGAAAAUGUCUGAUAUACAAGCUGUGAAGCUGAGAGCAAGGCUAGUUGUGUUAAGUUGCUGCCAUAGCGGUCAAGGACCGGUCUCCUCUGAGGGUGUGGUCGGUAUGGCACGUGCUUUCUUGUUUGCUGGUGAUCGUUCCCUGCUGGCAUCACUCUGGGCAAUUGAUGACGAAGCCACAAUGAUAUUUAUGAAAUCUUUCUACCGACAACUUGGAAACGGAGAAAGUGCAAGUGUUACUCUUCAGAGGGCCAUGAAAUGUCUUCGAGACUCCCAGGAUUAUUCUGCUCCAAAGUACUGA